AUGGACGACGGAGAGCGAACGGACGUCACGCAGACGGGUCAACAUCAACAGUCGGACAGGAUCGUCGAUGUCGACCGACAUGACAAGUCACCUACAUCGAGCAAUAUGGGGACGGGAACCGCUGCUGCUGUGGGGGCAGCGCCGGCAGAUUACCCUGACCUCGAUCCUACGCUCGAUCAAGGGGAACCUGGAGAGCUGGACCUCGAGAUGAAUAUCAACAUCAAACAGGCCUUGCAGAGGGUCAUUGAGGGCUUCGAUCAUGCUGAUCCCGGGACUGGGGACAUGUCGGCCACCUUGCAACAGCAGGAAGAAGAGUACAUGAGACGUAGCGGUAGGGAAGACGAGCCUCACGAUGAUGGACACGGUGGACAUGAGCAUCCCCAUCAUCAUGCUCACGGUCAGCAUCUGCAUCAUCACGAUCACCAAGACGAUGAACAGGACGGACAUCACUUGCAACAUCAUCAGGAUCGACACCACGAUGAGAUCCAGGACGUCAUGGGUGGGGAUAGGGACAACAUCUUCCAACACUUUGACUCGAUCGACGUGGACCCGCAUCAACACGCCCACGAUCGUUCCCACACCCCUCAAAUGCACACCUCGAGGAUGGGCACCGAAAACGAACACGUUCAGGAUCACAUGCUUCAUCAAGAUCAAGACCUUGCUCAAAUCCACCAGGACCAAGAAGACCCUACCGGCAAGCAGGGCAAGUCGUCCACCAGGGGGACCAAGCGGAAACGGCCUGCCAAGGUCAAAGGUCCCAUCCCGCCUGUGGACGACGAUCCGUCUAGGCCGUUGACGGAGGAAGAGAUCAAGAGGAGACAGAAUCGGAGUAGGGCUAGCGGGAGGGUUUUGCCCCGAGGAAACGCUUGUGAAUUCUGUAAACGAAGGAAAUUGCGAUGCGAUGGAGAGAGGCCGAUCUGUACAAAUUGUCUCAAGAAUCCCGAAAAGAGACAAUGCGUGUAUGUCCAGAGGGAGAAAAAGUCGAGCAAACGCGCCGAGGCUCGAGUCGCCGAGCUGGAUCGAACUAUAUCGGCCGCUUCGAUUGAUCUGACUCCCGAAGUCAUCUUGCCGGAUGCAACGGACCUGAUGGGCGAGAUCGAUCAGGAACCUAUCGCUGGGCCUUCCGGGACUACGGAGCAGGACCAGGACGACGCAGACAUGUCUGUCGAUGAGAACGGUCUUGCACAAGCACAAUCACAAUCGCAGCGGGAGAAUGAAGGAUUCCAAUUAGCGCCCAAUUUGGGGGAGAUCGAUCUCCCUGCCAUCGACAUGACCGUUGCGGAGCACCACGAUGGCUUCAACACGCUUUUCGAGCAGAGCGCAGCUGCAGCCGAGGCGGAUCACGGGGUCGAGGGCGAUCGGGUGCACGAGCAAGGCGGAGAGACGGACCCGGCUCUCGGAGGAGUGGGUUAUGUCGACGAACAAGGGUUGGAAAGGAACGAGAAUUCGGUUCAGGAUGAUGUUGGUAGCAUGUCGAGGUUAGACUCUACUGGGGUCGCAGAGGAACAGGGGGAAGAGACUUCGGGGUCUCCAGCCCGACAAACGGGCCAGGAGCCGUACUUGAUGACCCUAGCCAACGCCGCCGAAGUUGCCUCUGACGUCCCGCAGACGGAUCAACAGGGUGCCUCCCCGAAUGUCCCAUCGACGAGGAGGAGAAAGAGAGUCAAGACAGGCAGCGCGUUGCCAGAGCAGGAUUCGGUAUGGGUGCAGAUCUGGGUGGACUUGGCUAGUGGUAUGCAGGAUGUCGGCGAUGUGGACGAGCAGAUGGGUGGGCUGUUGGUCGGAGAGUUAAUCGACAUCUUCUACAAGAGGGCCGAGGCCCUCUUUUACACCCGCUCCCUCAAUCGACUUCAUGCGGCUCUCGUCUCUGGUAACAGGCCUGCAAAGAGUCUCAUCCUGGCCAUCUUGGGUGCGGUUGCGGCGUCUCGGAUGAACGGUCUCUCUCCCGACAGCCAGACUCUUGCUCGAAAGUUUGGGUCGCAGUUCCUCAACCUGGCUCAGCGAGACUUCCUUACAUCGCUCAAGAACCCGGACCGCAUCGUCGACGCGAUUCAAGCCGCCGUCCUAAUCACUCAGGUAUACUACACCCAGGGCAAGGUGAUGGAGGGUUGGCUUCUGAUCACCCAGGCGAUGAGGUUGGCCGUCUCAGCGGGGCUCCAUACCCUCAGGCUGGAGUAUCUAGACGAGCAAGUGAUGAUCGAUCAGCAGCACGAGCACGGAGAUGUCCAUGUCGGGGAUGUUCCACAAUACAUGACGAGGACUAUCAAGAAGCCCAUGGUUUACAACAACGUCAUCCCCAAGGUUAUGAUACUGGCUCCGCCAGAGGAUACGGCAGAGCUCGGGGAAAGAGUCCACCUGUUCUGGGCUUGUCUGAUGAUGGAACGGACCGGAUGUUUGGCUCUGGGAUGUGUCUCCUCGAUCAAUGAGGAAGAUAUCUUGACUCCUUGGCCUCGAAGCAUCUCGGAAUACACAUACGUGACUACUGUCAAAGACACGGACGAUACGGUUGCCUCGUUUUGGUCUUCCUACGGGAAGCAGGUGGAGGAGGGGGAGGAAAAACCAAAGGAGUUUUGGUUUGCUACCACCUUGAAAGCCAUGUCUUUGUUACAUACGGCUCAGAAGUAUUACGACCGCGCUACGGCUGAGCCCGAGGCAGACCACUCGACACGUAGACAACAACUCAUCGAGACGCUCGAGCGGUUCAGCGUUGAUCUGCCGGUCGACUGUGUUCAAUUACCUCCUGUCAUCAGGAAGAGGCUCGUAGAUCGCGAAUCGAUCUGGAUCGGAUCAGCUAUUCAUGCGGUCCGUGCCCUUUUGUGCUUCACGGAUGAUCCUAUCGAGCACGUGAACGAGAUUUUCGAAGCCUGCGAAUUCGUCGUCCGCUUGUCCAAGGCCAUGAGUGUGCCCGAAAGGCCGAAGCUCGAUUCCGUCAUUGUCGUCUUGUGGUACCUGACCUCUCAACAACUGCGAGGCCUUGGCCAGAUGUGCUGGGCCAAUGGCAAACUUCCCGAACACAAAAAGGCCAACGAUCUGAACGAUACGCUGAAAGAAAGUAUGAAGAUGCUGGCUCGCGUGUCACCGCUCGCCUUGAGCUACGUCCAUGCACUGGGAUGA